AAGACAAAUAAUGAGCUGGAUGUCCUUGUGUACAAAGUCUUGCUUCAUCCAGACUUCAAGCUAUUAGACUUAGUAGACUAUAGAGCAAGGUGGGAGAAUUCAUACAUUGACAGUCUACACUAUAAUAAUGAUUCCCUCAAGUCUUCCUAUUCUAAUGACUGGUGUAAAGGAUUGGUUAAGAUCAAGCUACCUCCUGAAGACAACAAGAAGUGGCCUAAGGGUGAAGAAAGAGCUCCUGAAUUCAAAGUCAGGGGAAUACACUACCAGCCCUUACUAACAACAAUCUUUAAAGCCUUAGACAACCCUUAUUCUCCUCCUUUUCAUUAUAUGCCUUACAGGGAGCUUUAG